AUGGCCAAAGACCUUGCCCUGCCGGAGCCUUUCGCCUCCAUUCCACGAACACCACUUCUCCUUGGCCCUUCGCCGAUCCAUGCGCUCCCCCGCAUCAGCUCCGAUCUCGCCAGCAACAGCUCACGCCCGCCGGUGACCAUCUACGCCAAGCGAGACGACCUGAACUCCGCGUACGCAUAUGGCGGCAACAAAACCCGUAAGCUGGAGUAUCUGCUCGCCGAGGCCCUGGCGCAAGGUUGCGAUACCCUCGUCUCAAUCGGCGGCGUGCAGAGCAAUCAUACGCGCCAGGUGGCCGCUGUAGCAGCCCGCACCGGUCUUGAAGCUCGCCUGGUGCAGGAGCAUUGGGUCGAUUGGGUGGACCCGGGAUAUGAGACCGUUGGAAACAUCCAGCUGUCACGACUGAUGGGCGCAGACGUGCGGCUGGACCCAUCGGGGUUUGGCAUUGAACACAAGACCACGGCGCAGGCCGUGGUCGACGAGUGCAUUGCGCAGGGCAAGAAGCCGUACUACAUCCCCGCCGGGGCAUCCGACCAUCCGCUCGGUGGACUAGGGUUCGCCCGCUGGGCAUUUGAAGUGCGCGAGCAGGAACAGGAGCAAGGCGUUUUCUUCGACACGGUGGUCGUCUGCGCCGUGACGGGGUCGACGUUCGCCGGCAUGAUCGCAGGGUUCAAGCUUCUGGAACGUCUGCACCCGACAGACCCCAAACGAAAGAUCAUCGGCAUCGACGCCUCGGCGACGGUCAAGGCGACUCGCGCGCAGGUCCUGCGGAUUGCCCGCAACACGGCUGUCCACAUUGGGUUGAGCGCGGACGAUAUCACCGAUGCCGAUAUCCUUCUCGACGACCGCUACCAUGCUGGCAUCUAUGGUAUCCCUGAUCGCCAGACCUGGGAUGCGAUUGAGUAUGCCGCUCGCAUGGAGGCAUUUAUCACGGACCCGGUUUACGAGGGGAAGAGCUUUGCCGGUAUGGUGGAUAUGAUUCGGCGGGGAGAGAUCCAGGGUGGCAAUGUGUUGUAUGCUCAUUUGGGUGGGCAGUUGGCGUUGAAUGCAUAUUCGGAUAUUGGCCGGACCCAGGGUUAG